AUGUCUUUUCUGUCUGCAUUGUUGAAGAUUUUUGAAGAUGGAGGACUUAAGGUAUUACUUCGCCAUGUUUUCUUUCUAAUACAAUUUCAAUCAAUUUUCUAAUUUGUGAUUACCAACUGGAGGUAAUUGUGUUAUUUUUUCUAUAAAUACCACUGAUUAGUUCCGAUGUCAGCAUUGCUUUUUCUUGAACUUUUACAGAUGCUAAAGAAAUUGUUUGGCAAGGAAAAUUGACUGAAAUUGUAUUCAAAGGAAAUACUUGUGUUUGGCAAAAUACUGAUAAUAUCGCUCAUGCUUAACACAUGUGUGAUUUCUCAUUAAUUCUUCCUGGACAGUGUCAUAGUAGUAAAAUAAAACCUUUAUUUGCAGGAUUAAUUGUUUAUCAAGUCUGGGGUUGUAAGGGUCCAUCAAGGGUGUUCUCAGAGGAAAGCAAUACAACAGAUCCGUCUUUUGCCAUAAAAUUGCUUAUAAAGCUAUUCAACGUCUGCACUUUAAAGCAUUUCUGGAGAACCUUACUGAUGGCGAAAAAGAAGACAGAAUCAUAGAGCUUGCAGUGAUAUGUCAGAUGCCUUUCAUGACAAAAAGUACAAGUACAAAAGGUUCAUCAUUGAUGCAUCUUCAAAGUCACAUACAUUUGCUUUUUGGACCAUGUAUAUCAAAAUGACCGCGGUAUAACUACUCUUUUUAUAUUUACCAUUGUAAUUGUAUGUUCUUGUAGGGCAAAAGAUUGUGUAACAUGCACGGUGUAGAGAUUUGGGAACUUUAGCAAUGAGUACAACAAGAUUCCUGCAUUGUAUGGUCCUGUGCUGACAUGACAAACUCGCAGUAGCUUCCCAUUUCAGCAGAUUUCAGUCCUGGACAUCAUUUAAAGGUAUGAACUAAUUGGUUGGUAGAUGAAAAGUAUUAUUCAGUCUUAGGUAAACAUUGAUUAUUUACUGGCAAAACAUGCUCAAGAAAUGGCUCGUAAUUAACAGUUAUGUAGACUAUGGAGUGCAAAUACUUUCAUUUAGGUGUGUGAUUUGUUGAAAUGUGUUCAUAAGUUUAUUUAGAAAUCCCACAUGAUAGUGAGUUCAAAUGGAUCGUGGUCGAACCAGGUACAGGCGACUUUGUGGUAAUAAAGCCCAGACAAGCAAAGGGAGUAUCUUCUCAUCCAGACAGUUCAACUAACGAAGAGCGACCAGCCAUUGAUGAACAGCAAGUUGGUACUGAUCCAGCUGAUAGCUAUUUGUUUUCCUGCCCAGAAGACAGCUGCAUAAAAUCCUAUAUGUCUCAUGGGCAUCUGCAGCAACAACUGAUGUAUGGGAGACAAUUUUCAACAAAACCAGAAUUUCCUUUAUUGGACAGGGCAAAGAUAAGCUACGCAGACCCUCUGGAAGAGGAGAGAGGGGGACAAUCAUUAAUUACAAUGUCGACAGAAGUGGGUACAACGUCUGUUUCAGAAGGAUGGGCUGGUCGGGACCCCAAAAGAACAGGCCACCAGUUCAGUGCAAAACAGAGAACAUUCCUGGAGAACAAAUUUAACAAUGGUGUAAAAACAGGUGUGAAGGCUAACCCAGAUAACGUGUCAAAGGAAAUGCGACAACUGAAAGAUCAAAAUGGGAAACAAGUCUUUACCGUUGUAGAGUUUCUUCGUCACUAG